UCUCUCUCUCUCUCUUUCUCUCUCUCUGUCUCUCUAACGCGUUACCAGAUGAAAAUGUCAGGGGAAGCAGAAACUCUGUCGAACGGGUCACAGAAGUCAGACCUUUCUGUUGCCCUUGACGACUGCAUGGCAGCCCUGGACCUGUUCCUGCACAAUGACUUUGAGGAGGCUCUAUCUAGACUCCGGUGCAGAACCAAAGACAGCAUGUACCACGCCCUCACAUAUGCCACCAUCCUUGAGAUGCGGGCGAUGAUGACUUUUGACCCUGAGGACAUACUAGCUGCUGGAAACACCAUGAAAGAUGCCCAGGCAGUUUGCCAGCGGCAUUGUAAGUGCUCUUCAGUGACUUCCUCCUUCAACAGCAUGGGCAACAAAAAUUACACUGAAGAGGAGCUGCAUGCUGAGGUGUGCUAUGCAGAGUGUCUCCUGCAGAGGGCAGCGCUCACAUUUCUGCAGGAUGAAAACAUGAUUAGUUUCAUCAAAGGAGGAAUUAAAGUGAGGAACAGUUACCAGACGUACAAGGAGCUCCAUACUGUCUUGCAGUCAGCGGGCUACGUCCAAGGGGACAGUCACAGCCACUUUGAAGGAGGGGUCAAGCUCGGAGUGGGAGCCUUCAAUCUAAUGCUGUCCAUGCUGCCCACCCGUAUCCUCAGGUUGUUGGAGUUUGUCGGGUUUUCUGGCAACAAGGAGUUUGGCCUACAGCAGCUGCAGGAGGGCUCCUCCACACACACAUUCAGGGCCUUCCUCUGCAACAUGCUGCUGCUCUGCUACCACACCUUCAUGAGCUUCAUCCUGGGUACAGGCGAAGGGGAUGUGGAGGAUGCAGAAAAGCUACUGCAGCCCUAUCUUAAGCAGUAUCCUAAGGGAGCGAUCUUCUUGUUCUUUGCUGGGCGGAUUGAGGAGAUCAAAGGAAACCUUGAUGCUGCCAUUGGUCGUUUUGAAGAGUGCUGUGAAGCCCAGCAGCACUGGAAGCAGUUCCACCAUAUGUGCUACUGGGAGCUGAUGUGGUGUUUCACUUAUAAGAGACACUGGAAGAUGGCGUACUUCUAUGCUGACUUAUUGAGCAAGGAGAACGCCUGGUCCAAGGCCACAUAUGCGUAUAUGAAGGGAGCCUACCUCAGCAUGCUCAGCAGGGAGGAGUGCACACCUUUUGGGGAGAGCGAGGUGGCACUGUUCAGACAGGUUCCUGGACUGAAGCAGAAGAUAGCAGGGAAGUCUCUGCCUACGGAGAAGUUUGCCAUUCGAAAAGCCCGCCGCUACCUAGCAGAGAAUCCCCUGCCCCUUCCUGCCCCAGCUCUGGAGAUGAUGUACAUCUGGAAUGGGUACACGGUGAUUGGGAAACACAGAGACCUGACUGAAGGGAUGCUGAAGACCCUGGACGAGGUCCAGAAAAAACUGGAGCAAAACCCAAAAACAGAGUUCUCCAUAGAUGACCAGUGUCUGGUGAGCCUACUGAAGGGCCUUUGUCUGAAGCACCUGGGUCACAAGGAGGAGGCUGAACACUACUUUACCCUGGUUGUGUGCAAUGAAACACAGAUCAAGUAUGAUCACUACUUAGUGCCCAAUGCUCUGCUGGAACAUGGGCUGCUGUGCCUGGAGCAAGGAAGGAACGAAGAGGCUGUCAGACUGCUGGAGGCAGCCAAGCAAAAUUAUAAGAACUACUCCAUGGAGUCCAGGACACAUUUCCGAAUACAGGCUGCUUUGCACAAGGCCCAGGCCACAGAAGAGAAUGGAGACCACUGUGUGCCAUCCAGCCCAUAGCUGGUGGGACCAGGGCGGGGCUAAAGUCCUGCUAUCAUGCCGUCCUCAGUCUUGAUGAGCAGGGAUGGACCUCACAGGGACAGGGUGUCAAACCAUGCAUCUCCUUGCCCACAGAGCUAAGGAACUGGCCUGAAGCUGUAAGAAAUCCCACACAAACCGAGAUACAUUCACACACAUACUCUCACAUAGAUGCACAGAAAGAUACACACAUAGUACACACAGAUACACGUACGCAAGCAGACACACAGACACAUACUCACAUAGACACAUGCACAAGUACUCUGAGACUCAUUCGCAUGCCUACACACCAAUACAUGUGCACUAACAGGAACUUUCUCUUUUUGUCAUAUGCUCACAUAUCUGUUGUUACACAAACAC